AGCUGAGCUGUCCUCGGCCACCGAGCAUCGCCAAUGGGCUGCACAGCGGACACUCCUGGGCCAGCUUUCCCCGGGGGGUGACCGUGUCCUACAGCUGCAGCGAGGGCUUUCAGCUGCUCGGGAACGCCUCCAUCACCUGCACGGACUCCGGGCUCUGGAGCCGGCCCCUGCCCCGCUGUGAAGCGAUCGGCUGCCAGGUCCCCGAGGUGCAGAACGGGAACGUCUACAACCCCCAGAGCACCUACAGAGCUGGAGAGACCCUGCUGUUCGACUGCGAUGCUGGAUACAGCUCAGAGGGCACGGCCGAGGCUCGGUGCCAGCCCGGGGGCACCUGGGACCCGCCGCUCCUUGGCUGCCAGAGGGUCCGGCCGUGCCCGAUGCCUCCGGAGGUCGCCAAUGGAAAGCACAACGCGCAGGACAAAGCGUUUUUCACGGCUGGCAUGUCUGUGAGGUACAGCUGCCAUCCCGGCUAUUACCUGGUGGGAAAUGCCGCUGUGUCUUGCAGAGCAUCGGGGAACUGGAGCCAGCCCAGCCCUCGCUGUGAAGAGCUGAGCUGUCCUCGGCCACCGAGCAUCGCCAAUGGGCUGCACAGCGGACACUCC